AUGCAGCACUCGCAUGACACCGAGAAGGGGUCGAGCUUCGAGCAAGAGCGGCAUCAGAGUACGUGUCCACACCCUUUCCACCGGCCGCUGAGAAGGAAGGCGCUGACAGUGCGGGUUUCCGCCUCUGGUUUGGGUCUCGUCGUGCCGGAUUCGACCUUUCAUCCUGCCCUCAUUUUUCGUUGUUCUCACCCACCAUGGUACGCUCGAACAGUCGAAGAAGUCGCCCUUGCAGGCCAUGCAGCGACCGACAUCCAUGGCCACUCGCUGGUCGUGAUCGACGAGAAAGCCGAAGCGGCCCUUCGGUGGAAGAUCGACCUCCGAAUCCUGCCGACGAUUGCAUUGCUGUAUCUGUUCUGGUGAGCUUGCAACCGCCGUACGAGAUCGAGAUUGUUCAGAUGGACCGCUGAUUCAGCGCAUCUAGCUUCAUUGAUCGCGCCAACAUUGGAAAGUAAGUCUAAGGACACAAUAAAGGGCUCUCGAAUCGUAGGUAGGCUUGCUGACAUCGAUCUUUUCGGCAGUGCUCGCCUCGCUGGUCUCGAGAAGGAUCUCAAACUGACGGGAAAGUAUGACUAUAAUAUCCUGUUGACCGCUUUCUACGUCGCCUACGUGGUCUUUGAAAUCCCAUGCAACUACAUCUGCAAGAUCGUCGGCCCUGGCAAGUUCAUCCCCGUUUUGUCAUUCUGUUUCGGACUUUUCUCCUUUGCGAUGGUGAGUGGCAGGUCAGGGCUUUCUGCAAUGCACACACGCACACGUUGUACUAAGUCGUCCUAUCGUGGGAUACCUACCGGCAGGCGUUUGUAAAGACGUUCGGUGCAGGUAUCGCUGUUCGCUUUCUACUGGGUGUCGCUGAAGCCGGAGUGUUUCCCGGUAAGUGUCCCGAGUCUCCAGCACUGAAUGGCAAAAGUGAAGGUUCUCCGCCGGUGCUAUGCUGACGUCUUUGCGCCUACGUCUCUCUGAAACUCAAUCUAGGUAUGGCGUUAUAUCUCUCUCGAUGGUAUCGCAAGGACGAACUUGGCUUCCGCUUGGCGCUGUACAUCGUCUGCGCUCCACUCGCUGGCGCAUUCGGUGGGCUGCUCGCCUCUGGGCUUUUGAAGGCACCCUCGUUCGGCAUGAUCCACACGUGGCGAAUGAUUUUCUUUGCUGUGAGUGCCGGUCAUGCGAAUUGAACGAUCGAGAGGCCGCCAUACUUACACUGCCAUGGGAUAUCGUGUUCUAGGAGGGUAUCAUUACGAUGGGCAUCGCCGUAAUCUCCUAUCCCCUCCUGACUGAUCGACCUGAGACUGCGAAGGUAAAUAACUCUCUUCCAAUCAGCCUGGGCGUCCACAGGGAGGAAGAACAAAUAAUCUGACUCUUCUUUUGUGUUUGAUGCAUCGCAGUGGCUCUCUGCCGAAGAGAAGGCACUAUGCGCCGCUCGAACAAAGAGCGAGAACGUGGGAUCAGUCGUCGUCGUCGACGCAGUCAAGUCCAACGUAUUCAUGUCCGGCAUGUUCAAUGUGAACUCUUUGGUGAUUGCCUUAAUCUUCUUGUUGGACAACAUCACCGUGCAAGGCCUAGGCUUCUUCCUUCCUUCUAUCGUCAAGACCAUCUUCCCCCGCAAAACGACCAUCGAACUACAGCUUCAUACGACACCGCCCUACAUUGUCGGUGCCGUUGUCUCGUUGGUGCUGCCGUAUCUGUCGUGGAAGACGGGCCGUCGCGCACUCUGGAUGUCCGUUUCGGCCCCUCUGAUGAUGAUCGGAUACGCCAUGUUCGUGGCCUCGACCAACCCCCACGUCCGCUACGCCGCCUGUUUCUUAAUCGCAUCGGGCGCGUUCUCGUUCGGACCCUUUUGCAACACGUGGGCAGCUAUCAACACUACUUCCGAUACUGCUCGAGCUGGUGCGAUCGCCAUCACGGUCUUCGGGGGUAAUCUCGGAGGUCUGGUCGCAACUUGGAGCUACCUGUCACAGUCAGUUUCAUUUCCGCGCUUGUAUCAUCCCCAAUCGCGUUCUGGCUGACGCGUUAGACCGACUCAUACGUCGUGCAGAUACGCCCCGAACCAAAUACCUGGCAACAGUCUCAAUUUGGCCACGUCGUCCGCGAUUUUAUUGCUCACACUCGGCCUCUGGGCUUGGCAGAAGCGCGAAAACAAGCGCCGCGACGAAGGUCGAAUGGACCACGUCCUGGAAGGCAAGUCCGAUGACGAAAUCGCCAUGCUCGGUCAACACCACCCAGGCUUCCGCUACCGUCACUGA